AUGUCGGACACACGAGAGGCGAACCCAACCGCAAUGGAUACCGCUGAAUCUGGAUCGUCUCAAUUUCAUCUCCAAAAAGAGAGACAGUCUACCUUUCACGCUGAAAAUGGUGCUGUGGCUUCUCUCCCUCAACGGGAAGCCCACAUCCAUACUGUUUCCCAAGUGCCCCUACCUCCAUACCAGAAGCUUGCAAACCCUGGACCCUUGGGACUUCUAGCGUUCGCAUUGACAACAUUCGUCCUUGGCCUCUAUGAGUGCGGGGCAGGACUACCUCAUUCGAAUCCUCAAGGCAAGGUUGGACCUAAUCAAGCUGCAUUCGGACUCGCAAUCUUCUUCGGUGGUGGAGCCCAGUUUGUCGCCGGCAUAUUCGAAUUCCGCGUGGGGAACACCUUUGGUUGCACGGUUCAUUGCUCCUAUUCCGCCUUUUGGCUCAGCUACGCAAUGUUUCUCAUCCCAUCUCUGGAUAUCAAGGGGCAGUAUAAUGGAGACGAACGGGCAUACACUUUUGCCAUCGGUAUCUACCUGAUCGUGUGGUGCUUCCUGACCGUUCUGUUUCUUCUUGCUGCUCUGAGAACCAAUUUGUCAAUCAUUCUUGUUUUCUUCUUCCUGAUUAUUGCAUAUCUGCUGCUAAGCAUUGCAAACUUCAUUGCAACUGAGCAUCCUGCGCAAAGUGUGAAAGUGAACAAAGCCGGUGGUGCCUUUACUGUGAUUUGCGCAUUUGUGGCCUUUUAUGCUGGUGCAUCUGGCCUGAUGGUGCCAGAGACGACAUGGGUUCGGUUCCCUCUUGGAGAGAUUCCUUAA